AUGCCCCCUUUUACCCCCUCAUUUUCCCCCCUCCCUCCAUGCCCUCCUUCUUCGUCAUUCCUCUUCCCGCCCUCUCUUCCCACACGUCCCUUCCCCCCCCCCACCCAAAACCCGUCUUCUCAAACCCCCAGAGAAGGCGCUGACGUGGCGUAUGCUGACGUGGACGCGCAGGGGAAGACAGCCCUGAUGGCGGCGGCGGAAGGGGGGAGGGCGGACGUGGUGCGGGCGCUACUGGGGGAAGGGGCGGUGUGGAAUGCGGUGGAUAUGGGGGGGAAGAGCGCAGGGGACUAUGCAAUGGAAGGGGUGGUGGCGUGGGGGGAGGGGGCGGAGGGGGAGGAGGAGAAAAACGAAGAGGAAAGAACGAGACGACAAGAAGUGCUAGAUACACUGAUUGAUGCUGGCAUCAAAUCAGAGCUCAUUCUGGGGGCAGCCAGUAGGAACCUGACACGUGGCAGCACAGCAGCAGGAGCAGCGGAGCAGUCAGCACCUGCCUCAAAUGCCGCCUACCUGUCGGAGCGACUGCAGCUGUCUGAAAGCCGAUUGGUGGACGGGGAGGGAGGGGGAGUGAUGAUGAAGUGGGAGGGGGCUCUUAUGCAAGCCCACGCGCAAGCCAUCUGCCAACAGGGAGGAGAUAUUCUCAAUAUCGGGUUUGGCAUGGGUAUAAUAGACACCGCCAUUGCAGCACGCAUCGGCCAAUCGGAAGGCGGGAUUCGAUCGCACACUAUAGUGGAAGCGCAUCCGGACGUUAUAGCGAGGAUGAAGGGGGAGGGGUGGCAUGAGAAGGAGGGAGUGAGGGUGGUGGAGGGGAGAUGGCAAGACGUGUUACCGCAACUAGGGCAAUACGACGGCAUCUUCUUUGACACAUAUGGAGAAUACUACGAUGAUCUCCGAGAGUUCCAUUCCCACCUUCCACAGCUACUGAAACCCAGCGGGCUCUAUUCCUUCUUCAACGGCAUGUGUGGCGACAACGCCUUCUUCCACACCGUCUACUGCCACAUAGUAGCGUUGGAGCUGCAGCAGCUCGUGGGGCUGACCACUCAGUUCAUUCCCCUGCCGGUCAGCCGGUGCUUGGAUGGGGACACGUGGGCGGGGGUGCGGCAUAAGUACUGGCAGCUAGACGCCUAUCACCUGCCCGUUUGCUACCGUGAUGAGACAGAGGAGGGGGGGGAGGAGGAGAAGGAACAACAGGAGGGAGAGGAGGGGGAGGAGGCAUAG